UAUCUAAUCUGUUAUAGGUAACUGUGGUUUCAUGUUGUAGCCUUUUCGUGAGUCGUGACUGCUAUUUAUCUAAUCUAUUACAGAUUUGAUAGAAUACUAGCCAAGCCAUGAGAAGAAGAAGAAUUUCAACCCUAAUAGGGAACAGAGGAGCAGACAAUGAUGAACAAACUCAGAUACUGGAUUGUUCGGCCAAUGAUCUUCCGAGCCCAAUCGUGGUCGAUAUUCUAUUACGACUCCCUGUGAAGGCAAUUCUUGUUUGCAAAUGCGUUUCUAAAACUUGGCGCAGCUUAAUUUCGGACCCCCAUUUUGCAAAGAUGCACUUCUCACGUCAACAGCCCUGUCCUUUGAUUCGGACAUUGGAUUCGACGCUCGUGUCAAGAAUGCUCUACUUGAUUGAGCCUGAAACUUGCAACAAUUUUGAUCUUGGGGACUGCAGUUGCUAUGGUCUCUCUGAUGAAUGUGGCCACCAUGUUAACAUGAAGCUUGACACCAAAUUGAAGAUCCCAUUGCGCAAUGCUGGUCUGGUUCUCAACGGCGAAGAGGGUGAUGCCCAAAUGGGUUGCUUCUCUAAAGGCAGUGGGGUUAAAAGGAAACGCUGCAUCAAAGUUAAACCCAAAGAGCAAAAGUUCAAAAUUGUGAAUUCAUGCAAUGGUUUUCUUUGCUUGUCUGAACCAUUUCGUAAUGAUCCUGUUGUUGUGUGUAAUCCAGUCACGGGUGAGUAUAUAAAUCUUCCAGUGGUUAACAGGGCUGGAGCUGAGGCUGGUGAGAAAACCAAAGAGUUCGGUGAUUGCGGGUUUGGGUUCAGUCCAAAGGCUAAUCAGUAUAAGGUGAUUAGAAUGUUUCAACAAUGGAUAGCAGACCCUAUUACAGGUAGUGAAAGGUAUGGUAGUAGUGCUGAGAUAAACACACUUGGCACAGGAUCAUGGAGAAGCAUUGGUGAUGCUCCCUUUUCAUGUUAUAGGCUAACAUUUCCCACCUAUUUGAAGGGAUGCCUUCACUGGUUCUGUCUCAAUUCCAAGACUUCUAAUUAUAUAGCUUCUUUUAACUUCGACGACGAGCAGUUCCAGUGGGUUCCGCCACCUCCUCGUCAUCAUGAUGUAUUUGAUGACAGUUGCACGGUUAGUUUGAAUACAGUGAGUAAUGUAUCCAUGGGAGUACUAAAAGGCUGUUUGUGCAUGUCUGAUGCCUCCAGUUACUGUCCUAUUGUCAUAUGGGUUAUGAAGAAAUAUGGUGUUAAAAAAUCUUGGAGAAAAAUGUUUUCUAUUGACACCGGUAAUUGUGAGAGGUGGCCUAUUGAUUUAUAUCAGCCAAUAAAUUAUCUCAAAAAUGGAACGUUAUUGAUGUUUCAAUAUUUCACAAGCUCUCUGAUUUGUUAUGACCCCAAACGAUCACAAGAACUUAAAUAUCUUAAACUUCGUGGCGUUAAAUCAAAAUUUGAAGCAAUUGCUCAUAUUCCAAGUUUCAUUUCACUUAAGGAAGCCAUUGUUGGAGAUAAUGUGGUGGUCCUGAAUAUCAAUUCAAGGUGUGCAAAAUUCAAAGUGCUGGGUGAGACUAAAGCUCUUUCGUUGGCGGAAGAAGAUAGGGAUAUGGCAUCUGAUUCAUUGUCUUCAUAUUCUGAUACUGAUGACUGGAAGCACUUGUGGCAGAGGUGGUGAAGCCAAAACGUUUGCUGCAAUUCAAAGUGCCAGGGGAGACUAGAGCUCUUUCAUUAGCGGAAGAAUUCCGAGAAAGGCUGUUUUGAAUUGCUCGCCUUUUGAUUGUUAGGUGGAGGCAGGGUAAGGAAAUUGAUGUUAUGCUUAGAUUAACUACUUUAUAAUCGAAGCUAAUACCUGGAGGUAUUGGUUUUUUGAGCAA